AUGGACGGCGAUGAGAUGACCCGUAUCAUCUGGCAAAAGAUCAAGGACAAGUUCAUCUUCCCCUACCUCGACUUGCCCAUCGAGUACUACGACUUGAGUAUUGAGAACCGUGACAAGACCAACGAUCAAGUCACGAUUGAUUCCGCCAACGCGACACUCAAGCAUAAUGUCGCCAUCAAGUGUGCUACCAUCACACCCGACGAGGCCCGUGUCGAGGAGUUUGGCCUCAAGGAAAUGUGGCGUUCGCCCAACGGUACCAUCCGUAACAUCAUCGGUGGUACAGUCUUUAGGGAACCCAUCCUCCUCAAGAAAGUACCACGUCUGAUUCCAGGAUGGGUUGAGCCGAUUGUCAUUGGUCGUCAUGCUUUUGGUGACCAGUACCGUGCAACAGACUACAAGGUUCCGGGUGCAGGCAAGCUUCAGCUUGUGUAUACCCCUGCUGAUGGUGGCAAGGCGACGACCCUUGAUGUGUAUGACUUCAAGGAGUCUGGUGUGGCCAUGUCCAUGUACAACAUCACCUCAUCUAUUGAAGGCUUCGCACACAGCUCCAUGCAAACUGCACUGCUAAAGAAGAUGCCCCUCUACCUCUCCACAAAGAACACUAUCCUUAAGCGUUACGACGGACAUUUCAAGGACAUCUUCCAAAAGAUCUACGAAGAUACGUAUGAAGCAGACUUCAAGAAGGCUGGUAUCUGGUAUGAGCACCGCUUGAUUGACGAUAUGGUGGCACAAGUUGUCAAGUCCUCCGGCGGUAUGGUGUGGGCGUGCAAGAACUACGACGGUGACGUGCAGUCGGAUAUUCUCGCACAGGGUUUCGGUUCAUUGGGUUUGAUGACAUCGGUGCUCAUGCACCCAGAUGGCAAGACAAUUGAGUCGGAAGCAGCACACGGUACAGUCACACGACACUACCGGCAAUACCAAAAAGGCCAGCAAACCUCAACCAACCCGAUUGCCUCGAUUUUCGCCUGGACGCGUGGAUUGGAGCACCGUGGUAAGCUGGAUGGCAAUGAUGCACUCGUCUCGUUCAGCAAGGCCAUUGAGCAGGCGUGUAUCGAUACCGUUGAUGUCGAUGGCAUUAUGACCAAGGAUCUCGCUAUUGCCAUUUCCAAGGACACACCAUUCGCCACUACGGAUGAGUUUUUGGAUGCCGUUGAGGCCAGGACAAAGCGUGUGCUCAAUGACAAGUCUUCCUCCAAGAUUUGA